UCCGGAGCGGAGUUGCGAGGAGGGCGUGGUUUGGAAAGCAGUCACUUGCCUGGUAAUGCGCUUGUGUUCACAGACAGUGCUUGGAGCUGGGUGAGGAGCAGAACAGAUGCUCGUGCCCUGCGGAGAACACUGCACCACGGCACAGACACGUACUGAAGGGCACCGAGCGGCUAGACUGGAGGUGUGUAAUAAUUACCGGGGGACACAGGAUAGUUAGGCCCUUGAUAAACACGGCGCUGUUCGCCGGGCGUGAGUCCGAUUUUAGCGCAUUGGAGGACACCUGCGUCCCUGUGAUUAACCGAGGCUGUUGAGGAGUAGAAGGUAUCUCAAUACACCAAUACCAACAGAGGAUUUUGUUGACGUUUGGAUUUACCUUCCAUGUGUUGUAGCUGACUAUACGACACACAAAAAUGGGAAAUGGACUUUCAGAACAGACUCCAAUUCUCUCAGGCUUAUCUCCGUUUCAGGCUCUUCACAUUGCCAUUUUGGGUUUGGACUGUGCUGGAAAGACCACAGUGUUAUACAGGUUACAAUUCAACGAAUUUGUCAAUACCGUUCCAACCAAAGGAUUUAAUGCUGAAAAAAUUAAAGUUUCCCUUGGUAACUCCAAAACAGUAACUUUCCACUUUUGGGAUGUUGGCGGACAAGAAAAACUCCGACCUCUUUGGAAAUCCUACACAAGGUGCACAGAUGGAAUUGUGUUUGUGGUGGACUCCGUGGACACGGAAAGAAUGGAGGAAGCCAAAACUGAACUACAUAAAAUUACCAAGAUUUCAGAAAACCAUGGAGUACCUGUUUUAAUUGUUGCUAACAAGCAGGACUUGAGGAACUCCCUGACUCUCUCGGAGAUUGAGAAGUUACUGGCACUCAAUGAAUUUGGUUCAUCCACUCCAUGGCAUCUCCAGGCAACGUGUGCCAUCAUUGGAGAUGGACUGAGGGAAGGAAUAGAAAAACUUUAUGAAAUGAUCAUUAAGCGACGGAAAAUGCUCCGGCAGCAGAAGAAAAAAAGAUGAACUUUACUUUUUGUAGGCAUUGCUUUCUAGUAGUUCUGCUGUCAGAUUUUGCCAUCCUCAGGCCUGUAUCCGAUGUGCGGGCAGCCUGCAGUGAUGCUGUUUAAGAUUCAUGUCGCCUUUAUUUUCAGCUGUGCAGGCUUCUCUUGGAAGUUCUGCCAUUCCAGCAGCACCGUGUCUCUCAAGUUUUCCUAAACACCAGGAAACCUAAUGUACGUCAGAGGCUGAAACGCAAUCUAGUCAUUGUGAGUGUAAACUGUGAAUGUGUGCAGGGUGUUGAAACAGCUGAGGGUGCCUUUGUCAAGAAGAAAUUACUUUUUAAGGCAAAGAAUAAAAAAAAAAUGCUGUGUGUUUAAAAUGGUGCAGUUUGGGAGGGAGCCACACAGAGGCUAUGAAUUCAACUGUAGUGAAUGAAGCCACAAAUAUUCACAUUUUCAUACUCCAUCACAACAUGCUAACCAUGGAAGGAACCAGCUUAAUUACGUUCAGCAUUUUUUUAAUAUGCUGUCACCUCACGGGGAGUGCUAGGCAUUUGUUUUCACUAUAUCCAAUUAAACUGGAUGUUCCUUAAGCUGCCUUCAGGCAAAAUUAUCUUUUUAUAUAUUCAACUGUUUCUUUUUCAGGGUUGAAUUUAGGUAAAUCUUGCUCUCUGGACUGCCACAUUUAAUAUAUCUCUAAUUCAAUUAAAAAGGUACCAAACACUAUUCCACACUUGACAAAAGGCAUGAUUUUGUUAAUAUUGCUCUUCCAGAUGUCCUUUCUCUCACCCACCCCUCCUCCUGUAUUUUAUUUCGAUUUAUUUUAAUGUUACACUUGAAUUUACAUGGUGGAGCACUGUUACCGGUAUUUUAUUUUUGGAGGAAACUUGUUCUGUUUGACUUAUUUCAGGGGGUAUUUUUUUCAUGAAUUUCAUAAAUUUAAUAGCAGUAUUUUUUUUGAAUGAAUGAAACCUUUCUGCUUCAUAGAAUUUAAUACUCUAAACUGAGGAUGAACUAGUUUGCUCUCCAAUGGGUGUAGGCCUAUGUUUUCUGAGAAACCGCUGCAGACAGGGUCAAUAGAUAACUCUUUAAUUAGUCUCUGGCAUACAGGCCUUUUGGGUCACAAGUUGUGGUCCCCUUAUAGUGGUAACCAGUACCUUUUCUGUCCUUGCCUUCCUUCUCUUGCAGUGGAAAGCACUUGGCCAUAUUGCUUAUGUGUAUCUCCUUAUCACUUGCAGAUAUGGAAGUCACCAUUCUUGUGAUAGUUGCUUCCAUGAGUCACGUGACCAAAGUACUGUCCAAGCAAGUCGUAUAAAUGGAGCAGCGAGGCAAUGUUUGCUUUGACAACUGCUAUAUUCCCGUCUUGUAUGAGCUCCUCAUUUUGUCAGCCUAGAUUUAUACAUUCCCUUUUUAGUGGCUUACUAUUCCAGGGAUUUUCAAUGGACACUCCUCAUGCACUGUUGAUCUACUUGCUGAAUGGUACCAUAGAUGAAACUCUGCUUCUAAUAUUGCCACCACACAUUUAGGCCUCCCUUCUUGUAUUGCUUUACUGAAGCAAACCUAAUUUUGCUCUGUAUUGCAAAAAAAAACAAGCACCCUUAGAUUCACCAUUGAACUUGACAAUGAAUUGUGGGAAAGUUUAAAAAAAAAAAAAAGCUGGAAACCUUUUUCCCAACUGCCUGUCCAUAUCCAAAGCCUCAUUCUCAAGCUACCUUCAACUCUCCCGCUGGUUUGUUUGCACAUCCAUUUUAUUAUCAUGUCUGCUGUCACGUUCAUUAUUUUUUAUCAAUGACAAACCGCACUUUACUGUUUUAUAAGAAUGAAUGGACCGCUGGGUAAGACACUGAUCAAUUUGGAUUUAUUUGAAUAGCUCCUAGCAGAGCAUCUUUGUGUAUUUCUAUGUCGCUGCAUUAGUGAUAUAAGUCACUGGUUCAGAAAUGUCUAUUUAUAGAAAUGUGGAUAUUGUCCUCUGAUUCAAUAAACACGUCUAAUAAUCUCCAGGAAAAA